UUGAUCUCCUUGGAUCUUUAAAACAGAGUUUUUUGUUGCGGCGACACGUUUAUUGGUUUAUUUUUUUCUCUGCUCGCUGUCCUCUUUUCCUGACGCACCAAUUUAGCGCAUUUCCCAGCAGAGAUCACUGCCAGACCGCAGGUCGGGAGGAUGACAGCACGAGUGUACUGCUCGUUGAUGGCUGUUUUAUCAUGUCUGUCUGGAAACUUGAUCAUAACAGAUGCCACAUUCAGCUUCCCAACAAUGGUGUUUGGUUUCUGUCCGAUGAAGCUGACGGUCGUGCCGUCUCGUCGAGGAUGUUUCUUUGAUGGAGAUUGCCCUGGAGGAGAAAAAUGCUGUAUAUUUGAGUCGGGGUCUGCAUGUGUGCCACCUGUUUCCAUGACCUUCCCAAAAAUUGUGGCCGGGUUCUGUCCGACAAAGCUGACUGUUGUGCCAUCCCGUCGAGGGUGUUUUUCUGAUGGAGACUGCUUUGGAGGAGACAAAUGCUGUAUAUUUGAGUCAGGGCCCGCAUGUGUGCCACCUGUUUCCAUGGAUAGAAUUAUUCAGGAGUCAUUGAUGAAGCCAGGACUGUGUCCACCCCCAACCUUUGAAAGAAGAUCGUGUACCACAUUCUGUAACGGUGACUCUGACUGUCCCAACAAUGAGAAGUGCUGCAGCAAUGGAUGUGGUCGUUACUGUACGGCUCCAUAUGCAGUGAAACCAGGUCAAUGUCCCAAACCGAAGGACACUCCAGAAUGUGCUGAAAGCUGUUUCCAUGAUGGCCAGUGUCCUGACUCGCAGAAAUGUUGCCCAACUACCUGUGGCUAUGCAUGUAGUGAAGCAAAUGAUCAAGAAAGUGGUCAGGGAAGUGUUCAUGUAAGUGUUAAGGCAGGUGGAAAUGGAAGGGGUUAUGUAAGUAUUCAGACAAGUAAUCGUGGAAGUAGUUCUGGAAGUAGUUCUGGAUUUGGUUCUGGAGGUAGUUCUGGAAGUAGUUCUGGAACUGGUUCUGGAAGUGGUCAGGCUCAGGGAAGUAGUUCUGGUAGUGUAAGUGGUUCUGGAAGUGGUCAGGCUCAGGGAAGUGGUUCUGGAAGUGUAAGUGGUUCUGGGAGUGGGAGUAGUUCUGGAACUGGUUCUGGGAGUGGAAGUAGUUCUGGAACUGGUUCUGGGAGUGGAAGUAGUUCUGGAAGUGGUCAGGUUCAAGGGAGUAGUUCUGGAAGCAGUUAUGGAACUGGAAGUGCAGGUGGUUCUGGAAGUGGAAGUAGUUCUGGAAGUGGUCAGGCUCAGGGAAGUAGUUCUGGAAGUGGUUAUGGAACUGGAAGUAGUUCUGGAAGUGGUCAGGCUCAGGGAAGUAGUUCUGGAAGUGGGAGUAGUUUUGGAAGUGUGAGUAGUUCUGGAAGUGGUUAUGGAACUGGAAGUGCAAGUAGUUCUGGAAGUGGAAGUAGUUCUGGAAGUGGUCAGGCUCAGGGAAGUAGUUCUGGAAGUGGGAGUAGUUUUGGAAGUGGUUAUGGAACUGGAAUUGCAAGUAGUUCUGGAACUGGUUCUGGAAGUGGAAGUAGUUCUGGAAGUGGUCAUGGAACAGGAACUGGAAGUAGUUCUGGAAGUGGUUAUGGAACUGGAAGUGGUUAUGGAACUGGAAGUGCAAGUAGUUCUGGAAGUGGUUCUGGAAGUGGAACUAGUUCCGGAAGUGGUUAUGGAACUGGAAGUGCAAGUAGUUCUGGAACAGGUUCUGGAAGUGGAAGUAGUUCCGGAAGUGGUCAGGCUCAGGGAAGUAGUUCUGGAACUGGGAGUAGUUAUGGAAGUGUGAGUAGUUCUGGAAGUGGUUCUGGAACUGGAAGUGCAAGUAGUUCUGGAAGUGGUUCUGGAACUGGAAGUGCAAGUAGUUCUGGAAGUGGUUAUGGAAGUGGAACUAGUUCCGGAAGUGGUUAUGGAACUGGAAGUGCAAGUAGUUCUGGAAGUGGUUCUGGAACUGGAAGUGCAAGUAGUAUUGGAAGUGGUUCUGGAAGUGGAACUAGUUCCGGAAGUGGUUAUGGAACUGGAAGUGGAAGUAGUUCUGGAAGUGGUCAGGCUCAGGGGAGUAGUUCUGGAGGUGGGAGUAGUUAUGGAAGUGUGAGUAGUUCUGGAAGUGGUUAUGGAACUGGAAGUGCAAGUAGUUCUGGAAGUGGUCAGGCUCAGGGGAGUAGUUCUGGAGGUGGGAGUAGUUAUGGAAGUGUGAGUAGUUCUGGAAGUGGUUAUGGAACUGGAAGUGCAAGUAGUUCUGGAACAGGUUCUGGAAGUGGAAGUAGUUCUGGAAGUGGUCAGGCUCAGGGAAGUAGUUCUGGAAGUGGGAGUAGUUAUGGAAGUGUGAGUAGUUCUGGAAGUGGUUAUGGAACUGGAAGUGCAAGUAGUUCUGGAACUGGUUCUGGAAUGGGAAGUAGUUCUGGAACGGGUUCUGGAAGUGGAAGUGGUUCUGGAAGUGGAAGUAGUUCUGGAAGUGGUCAGGCUCAGGGAAGUAGUUCUGGAAGUGGGAGUAGUUAUGGAAGUGUGAGUAGUUCUGGAAGUGGUUAUGGAACUGGAAGUGCAAGUAGUUCUGGAACUGGUUCUGGAAUGGGAAGUAGUUCUGGAACUGGUUCUGGAAGUGGAAGUGGUUCUGGAAGUGGAAGUAGUUCUGGAAGUGGUCAGGCUCAGGGAAGUAGUUCUGGAAGUGGGAGUAAUUAUGGAAGUGUGAGUAGUUCUGGAAGUGGUUAUGGAACUGGAAGUGCAAGUAGUUCUGGAACUGCUUUUGGAAGUGGAAGUAGUUCUGGAAUUGGUCAGGCUCAGGGAAGUAGUCCUGGAAGUGGUUCAGGAACUGGAAGUGGAAGUAGUUCUGGAAGUGGUUCAGGAACUGGAAGUGGAAGUAGUUCUUCAAGUGGUCAGGCUCAGGGAAGUAGUUCUGGAAGUGGGAGUAAUUAUGGAAGUGUGAGUAGUUCUGGAAGUGGUCAUGGAACUGGAAGUGCAAGUAGUUCUGGAACAGGUUCUGGAAGUGGAAGUAGUUCUGGAAUUGGUCAGGCUCAGGAAAGUAGUUCCGGAAGUGGUUCUGGAACUGGAAGUAGUUCUGGAAGUGGUCAGGCUCAGGGGAGUAGUUCUGGAAGUGGGAGUAGUUAUGGAAGUGUGAGUAGUUCUGGAAGUGGUCAUGGAACUGGAAGUGGAAGUAGUUCUGGAAUUGGUCAGGCUCAGGGAAGUAGUUCCGGAAGUGGUUCUGGAACUGGAAGUAGUUCUGGAAGUGGUCAGGCUCAGGGAAGUAGUUCUGGAAGUGGGAGUAGUUAUGGAAGUGUGAGUAGUUCUGGAAGUGGUUAUGGAACUGGAAGUGCAAGUAGUUCUGGAACAGGUUCUGGAAGUGGAAGUAGUUCUGGAAGUGGUCAGGCUCAGGGAAGUAGUUCCGGAAGUGGUUAUGGAACUGGAAGUAGUUCUGGAAGUGGUCAGGUUCAGGAGAGUAGUUCUGGAAAUGGUUCUGGAAGUGUGAGUAGUUCUGGAAGUGGAACUAGUUCCGGAAGUGGUCAGGCUCAAGAACGUAUUUCUGGAAGUAGUUCUGGAACUGGAAAUGCAAGUAGUUCUGGAACUGGUUCUGGAAGUGGAACUAGUUAUGGAAGUGGCCAGGCUCAGGGAAGUAGUUCUGGAAUUGGAAGUGGUUCAGGAAGUGGAAGCAAUCAGGUUCAAGGAAGUAGUUCUGGAAGUGGAAGUAGUUAUGGAAGUGGCAGCAGUCAGGCUCAGGGAAGUGGUUCUGGAAGUGGAACUAGUCAUGGAAGUGGAAGCAGUCAGGCUCAGGGAAGUGGUUCCGGAGGUGGAAGCAGUCAGGCUCAGGGAAGUGGUUCUGGAAGUGGAAGUAGUUAUGGAAGUGGAAGCAGUCAGGCCCAGAGAAGUGGUUCUGGAAGUGGAAGCAGUCAGGCUCAGGGAAGUGGAAGUCAAGGAAGUGAAGGUAGUCAGGUUCAGGGAAGUGGUUCUGGAGGUGGAACUAGUUAUGGGAGCAGUAAUUAUGGUAGUCAGGCUCAGGCAAGUGGUUCUGGAAGUGGAACUAGUCAUGGAAGUGGAAGCAGUCAGGCUCAGGGAAGCGGUUCUGGAAGUGGUUAUGGAAGUGGAACUAGUCACGGAAGUGAAAGCAGUCAGGCUCAGGGAAGUGGUUCUGGAAGUGGAAGCAGUCAGGCUCAGGGAAGUGGUUCUGGAAGUGUUAGUGGUCAGGCUCAGGGAAGUAGUUCUGAAAGUGGUUCUGGAAGUAAUUAUGGAAGCGGUCAGGCUCAGGCAAGUGGUUCUGGAAGUAGAACUGGUUAUGAAAGUGGAAGUAAUAAUGGACAUGGAAGCAAUCAGGCUCAAGGAGGUAGUUCUGAAAGUGGUUAUGGAAGUGGAAUUAGUCAUGGAAGUGGAAGCAGUCAGGCUCAGGGAAGUGGUUCUGGAGGUAGAACUAGUUAUGGGAGUGGAAAUAAUUACGGAAGCAGUCAGGCUCAGGCAAGUGGUUCUGGAAGUGGAACUGGUUAUGAAAGUGGAAGAAAUAAUGGACAUGGAAGCAAUCAGGUUCAAGGAAGUAGUUCUGAAAGUGGUUAUGGAAGUGGAAUUAGUCAUGGAAGUGGAAGCAGUCAGGCUCAGGGAAGUGGUUCUAGAGGUGGAAGUGGUUAUGGAAGUGGAAGUAGUUCUGGAACUAGUUAUGGAAGUGGAAGCAGUCAGGCUCAGGGAACUGGUUCUGGAAGUGUUAGUGGUCAGGCUCAGGGAAGUAGUUCUGAAAGUGGUUCUGGAAGUGGAAAUAAUUAUGGAAGUGGAAGUAAUUAUGGAAGCGCUCAGGCAAGUGGUUCUGGAAGUGGAACUGGUUAUGAAAGUGGAAGUAAUAAUGGACAUGGAAGCAGUCAGGUUCAAGGAGGUAGCUCUGAAAGUGGUUCUGGAAGUGGAAGUAAUUAUGGAAGCGGUCAGGCUCAGGGGAGUAGUUCUGAAACUGAUUCUGAAAGUGGAAGUAACUAUGGAAGUGGUCAGGCUCAAGGAAGUAGUUCUGAGACCAGUUCUGGAAGUGGAACUGAUUCUGGAAGCAGUCAGUCUCAGGGAAGUGGUUCUGGAAGUGGAAGUAGUUCUGGAAGCGGUCAGGCUCAGGGAGGUGGUUCUGGAAGUGGAACUGAUUAUGAAAGUGGAAGUAAUUAUGAAAGUGGAGGUGGUCAGGCUCAGGGAAGUGGUUCUGGAAGUGGACGUAACUAUGGAAGUGGAAGGGGUCGAGCUCGGGGAAGUGGUUCUGGAAGGGGUCAGGCUCAGGGAAGUAAUUAUGGAAGUGGAAGUGGUCUUGCGCAGGGAAGUGGUUAUGGAAGGGGAAGCAGUUCUGGAAGUGGUUAUAGACAUAGUUCUGGAAGUGAUCAGGGAAGUGGUCAAGCUCAGGGAAGUAAUUAUGGAAGUGGAAGCGAUCCGGGAAGUGGUUAUGGAAGUGAGAGCAGUUCUGGAAAUGGUUAUAGACAUAGUUCUGGAAGUGAUCAGGGAAGUGGUCAAGCUCAGGGAAGUAGUUAUGGAAGUGGAAGUGAUCAGGGAAGUAGUUAUGCAAGUGGUCAUGGAAGCGGUCAAUAUCAGGGAAGUAGUGAUGAAAGUGGAAGACGUUAUGGAAGUGACCAGGGAAGUAGCUACAGAAGUGGAAAUGGUUAUGAAACUUAUGGAAAUCGACAUGAUCAGGGAAGUGGUCAUGGAAGCAGUCAACAUCAGGAAAGUAGUUAUGGAAGUGGUCAUGGAAGCGGUCAACGUCAGGGAAGCAAUAAGGGAAGUGGUCAUGGAAGCAGACAAGCUCAGGGAAGUGAUUAGGGAAAUUGGCAGGGAUGUGGUCAUUGAAAUGGGCACUUUGCAUAACCCUUACUUGAUAUUUUUUUCAUUUGUUUUCCUGUUUGCUUAGUUUCC